CCGUCCAGUGAUCACCGCCGCGCUGCGGGACCCGCACGCGUCCGUGCGCCGCGCCGCCGUCGUGGCCUGCCGCCUCUUCGGUCGCAGCAACCCGGGCGACCCGACCGAUCACGUUGAUGACCUGUACCGGCUGAUUCGUUCCGAUGACCCGCUCCUCGUGCAUGCCUGCCUGAUGACCUUGGACGACAUUUUGGAGCCGGAAGGUGGCGUAGUCAUCAGCAGGUCCAUGGUCAAGCACCUCACAUCCAGGAGUCACAACCUGCCUAGCACCGUGCUGGUGGACGUGCUGCGGCUGCUGAUGCGGUACGAGCCCGGCUCGGACCAGGAGAGGCUCGAUAUCAUGAACCGACUCGACUGGCUCCUCGCCUCGCCACAGCCGCAUCUGGUUGAGGCGGCGCUGCAGCUAUACUUCCACUUGUGCUCGGGAGAGCUGUGCCAUCUGCGCGCGGACGCGGUGGCGCGCGCCGCCGCCGCCCUCUGCCGGCCGGCCGACGCCACGCCGCCGGUACGCUGGCUCACCCUCGAGCUGGUGCGCCGGCUCGGGCCCGAGCACCAUCCGGCCUUCUCUCCCCACUACCGGUACUUCGUGCCGCGACCGUCCGAUGGCGGCGCACUCUCGCUGCGGCUGGUGCAGUUCGUGUGGCGGCUGGCGGGACCCGACCGGUACCUGUUCACAGCGCCCAAAGUCUUCCUCGCUGGCUCGCCUGAGCGGGUGUGUCUGACCCUGUUCGACGUGCCCGAGACCGGCGACCUGACGCUGACGUUGAAGAGAAGUGAGAGUAGGCCCGACGGUCGCACAGCACACCCAGCAGGUGUCGGGCGUGGCGGGUGA